UGGAGAUUACCGGUGGAUUCGAGGCGGUUGGCCUAUAAAAGGAUUCGGCUUUUCUGAAAUGACUUCUUAGCAUUUCAUAGAGUAAUUCUCUUACCAGGCAACGGAAGUACUGAAAAAACAAGAAGUAGAAAACGUUUCAUCUCUUGGACUCAAACCAGAAAAGAAACCUUUAACACAGAUAAAAGCAAAGAUGGGACAUGGCGAAAGGGGUCGACCUAGCAAGAAGCUUAAAUUUGCUGUCAAGGAUGAUCACAGGAGCUCAGCUGUUGAAGAUGAAUAUUCCUUUUUUCCGGAUGAAGGCGAUGACGAUUCUCGUGAUGGUGAAAAAGAAGGAAAGAAGAGAGAUUUUAGCAAAUUAGAACUGAAACUCGAUCAUGAUAAUCGGCCAUUAUGGGCUUGUGCUGAUGGGCGUAUAUUCUUGGAGACAUUCUCUCCUUUAUACAAGCAAGCUUACGAUUUUCUCAUUGCUAUAGCUGAACCUGUUUGCAGGCCAGAGUCAAUGCACGAGUACAAUCUAACACCGCAUUCCUUGUAUGCUGCGGUAUCUGUGGGUUUGGAAACGGAAACUAUUAUCGCUGUGUUGAAUAAAUUGUCCAAGACUAAGCUUCCUAAAGAAAUGAUUGAUUUCAUACAUGCUUCUACUGCUAAUUAUGGCAAAGUGAAGCUUGUGCUUAAGAAGAAUCGUUACCUUAUUGAAUCCCCAUUUCCGGAGGUACUAAAGAAACUGCUUCGAGAUGAGGUUAUAGCUCGAGCAAGGAUUGUUUCUGAGAGUGCACAUGGAAGUGAUGGAUUUACAAUCAGCAAAACUGCGGGUGAAAUUGAAACUGGCCAUGAUGGUUUGCUUAAUGAAGCAGAACUGGCAGCUGCUGCUGAAGAGAAAGAAACCCACGCAUUUGAAAUUGACCCUUCUCAGGUUGAAAAUGUAAAGCAACGAUGCUUGCCAAAUGCUUUAAAUUAUCCAAUGUUAGAGGAGUAUGAUUUCAGAAAUGACACUGUCAAUCCUGACCUUGACAUGGAACUGAAGCCUCAUGCACAGCCACGACCAUACCAGGAAAAGAGUCUUAGUAAAAUGUUUGGAAAUGGUAGAGCAAGAUCUGGCAUUAUUGUGCUACCUUGUGGUGCUGGAAAGUCUCUAGUUGGUGUUUCUGCAGCAAGCCGAAUAAAGAAGAGUUGUCUUUGUUUGGCAACAAAUGCAGUUUCAGUGGAUCAAUGGGCCUUUCAGUUUAAGCUCUGGUCAACCAUACGGGAUGAUCAAAUUUGUCGUUUUACAUCUGACAGCAAAGAGAGAUUCCGUGGCAGUGCUGGAGUGGUUGUGACAACAUAUAAUAUGGUUGCUUUUGGUGGUAAGCGGUCUGAAGAAUCUGAAAAGAUUAUUGAAGAGAUAAGAAACAGAGAAUGGGGACUGCUGCUCAUGGAUGAGGUGCAUGUUGUCCCUGCUCACAUGUUUAGGAAAGUCAUCAGUCUCACCAAAUCCCACUGCAAACUGGGGCUUACUGCCACACUUGUGAGAGAGGAUGAAAGAAUUACAGAUUUGAACUUUCUUAUUGGUCCCAAAUUAUAUGAAGCAAAUUGGCUGGAUCUAGUAAAAGGAGGGUUUAUAGCAAAUGUACAGUGUGCUGAAGUAUGGUGCCCGAUGACAAAGGAGUUUUUUGCUGAAUAUUUGAAGAAAGAAAAUUCCAAGAAGAAACAGGCACUUUAUGUGAUGAAUCCUAAUAAGUUCAGGGCGUGUGAAUUUCUCAUACGGUUCCAUGAACAGGAGCGUGGUGAUAAGAUAAUUGUCUUUGCCGACAAUCUUUUUGCACUGACAGAGUAUGCAAUGAAACUGCGCAAGCCUAUGAUCUAUGGUGCUACCAGCCAUCUCGAGAGGACAAAAAUUCUCCAGGCAUUCAAAACUAGUCGUGAUGUUAACACUAUUUUCCUCUCAAAGGUCGGUGAUAAUUCAAUAGAUAUUCCUGAGGCAAAUGUGAUAAUUCAGAUUUCAUCACAUGCUGGUUCGAGACGUCAAGAAGCCCAGCGAUUGGGACGUAUUCUUAGGGCAAAGGGUAAACUUGAAGAUAGGAUGGCAGGUGGUAAAGAGGAGUAUAAUGCUUUUUUCUAUUCCCUUGUCUCUACGGAUACACAGGAAAUGUACUACUCAACUAAAAGGCAGCAGUUUCUAAUUGAUCAAGGUUAUAGCUUUAAGGUGAUAACAAGCUUGCCUCCUCCUGAUGCUGGUGCUGACUUGAGUUACUUCCAUCUUGACGACCAAUUGGCCCUUCUAGGAAAGGUCUUGGCUGCUGGUGAUGAUGCAGUUGGUUUAGAGCAGUUAGAAGAAGACGCGGAUGAUAUAGCCCUUCACAAAGCCCGCCGUUCUAUGGGAUCCAUGAGUGCAAUGUCAGGUGCAAAUGGAAUGGUCUACAUGGAAUACAGCACUGGAAAGCAUAAACUUAUUGGGCAGGGGCAGAAUAAGAGUAAGCCUAAGGAUCCAUCCAAGCGGCAUCAUUUGUUCAGGAAACGCUAUGGUUGAGAUGAAAACCAAGUCAUAUUCCGAAUGAUGAUUGUUUUAUACCAUCUACGAAGGUAAAAGAAGUAGAAGGAAGAGCAGGUGAUUUCUUCAGGACUUCAAUAAAUUGCUAAUAACUUUUACGAAAUUAGCUAAUUGCUUGGAAGUACAUAACUAUACUCUGUAUCUGCGUAUGCAUUGCGGUGCCUUAGUGUAUGAACAAACCCUGCGAAUGAGCUAAAUGUUAUAUCACGUAUUUCUAAAUUUUUGUAGCA